CGACUUCUAUGGAGAGUAGGGUGGUCUUCUCGCGGACCCUCUCUUAAGGCAUAUCAUACCGAACCAUUAGCUGGUCAUUUUGGUGUCAAACGUACUUAUUUAAAAUUAAAGAAUAAAUUUUGGUGGCCUGGUAUGUUACAUUCUGUUACUAUGUAUAUCAAGAACUGUUUACCUUGUCAACAAUACAAUAUUAGUCGUAUGAAAAAACCUGGUCAUUUAUGUUUAAUUGAACCACGUGAUGGACCAUUCCAGUUAAUUGGUAUUGACUUUUGUGGACCUUUUCAUCGUACUCCUCGCGAUAAUCGAUAUGUUCUAUGUAUUACAGAUUAUUUUACAAGAUGGAUCUCAGCUAUAGCUUUACCAAAUUGUUCAGCUCCAACUACUGCACAAACUAUUUUUAAUGAUUACAUUUGUCGAUACGGAGUACCUAAAUCUAUUUUAUCGGAUCAAGGUACUCAUUUUAAUAAUCAAUUAAUGGAUGCUAUGGCUAAAUUAGUUGGAUAUACUCACAUAUUUUCUACUGUUUACCAUCCACAAAGUAAUGGAAUGGUUGAACGAUUUAAUGCUACAUUUGUGCCACAAUUAGCUAAACUUCAUGAUCGUGAAAGUAAUAAUUGGGAUGAAUAUUUAUCACCAGUUGUUUUUGCAUAUAAUACUAGUGCACAUUCGACUACACACUAUUCUCCAUUUGAAUUACAAUUCGGACGUAAACCUCGUUUUCCUAUUGAUACACCAUCAUUUGAUUAUAUUUUUUAUACACCGAAUGAUUAUUAUGUUCAAUUAAAAAAGAGUUUACAAAUUAUUCAUAAUAAUGCACGUAUUAAUAUGACUCAACAACAUUCGAAAUACAAAAAAUAUUAUGAUAAAAAUCGCUCUGAACCUAUUUAUAAAAUUAAUGAUCAAGUUUUAACAAAAAUUCACGGUUCUCGUUCUAAGUUAGAUCCUCGAUAUUCUAUCACACCAAAACUUAUUGUUCAAGCACAACAUCCUAUUUAUUGGGUUAAAGAUGCAACAACUCAAAUUGUUAGUCGUGUUCAUGUUAGUGAUAUACGCCCUAUACUUAUGCCAUUAAAAUCAACAUCAAACUGA